UGUGGCUCGGCUCCGCUCGGCUCCGCUCUGCUCUGCCUCGGCUCGCCAUGGCCCGGGCGCUGCGCGGCCUCCCGCGGCGCGGCCUCUGGCUGCUCCUGGCACACCAUCUCUUCCUAGUCACUGCCUGCCAGGAUGCCCACUACGGUGCCCUCAUGCAGGAGCUGUGCCUCAGCCGCUUUCAGAAGGACAUGGAGGCCAUGGGGCGUACACUGUGGUGUGACUGGGGCAAGACCAUUGGCCCCCAGGGACCAGGACUGCUCAGUGUGUUUGGGAUGCUCCCCAGAUGCCUAGAGCAUUUUGAAGCCUGCACCAUCUUGCAGCCCUGGAGCUGGGCUCUGCCUGGGCCUGUCCUCAGAGGUGGCCUUGUGCUGACCCUCUGGGCCCUGAACCAUGCCCUCCCUGAUCCCCACCAGUUCUUGGGGGGAGAGGCUCAGGCCUCGGUGGACACACUGCACCCAGCUGUGUCCUCAUCUCCAGAAACACAGGAGGGAGCCCCAGUCCCCCCAUCAGUAGCAGUCACCUUGUUCUUGCCAGCCUCCAUGUGA